UGCCCAAUUCCAUUGCGAGGUCGGAUUGAUAAUAACUUUUGGGAAUCUUGGCCAAGGUGUUAAAAUCCGAAUGUCCACUGUUCUCUUGGGGAGGAUAAGUCUGAAGUUUACAAGUAGUAGGGGGUUAGGGAGGAUUCUGGCAGGGCACAAAGCUUGGAGUAAUCUCUCCGGGAUAGUUUAGUUUGGGAAUAAAUGCUUUCUAAGGCCGCUCGCGCUUUUCAUCCUGUCUCCCCCAGGGCCUUCUCAACCGCGGGGACUUCCCUCUAGCUUUGGAUUCCUACGGUUAAUUCCAGGAGAGGUUUCCCCAGCCUUUCUGCAAACUGCCCGCCUCUCCGCUUUCCUCUCCGCCCCCUGCGCGCGGAGUCAGCCAGGCGCCGAGGGCAAGGCAAGGGCUCGGGCGAGUCAAGUUUGUGGGCCGAUGCACUGGGGGACCGACGGUGGAAGAUGAUCGAGGGCCAGAAGGCCACCUGCACUUGGAGCCAAGACCCAAUAUCCUGUGGCUGCAGGAGCGGGAGGCGACAGUGAGAAGGGACCCAGCAGCGGCAGUCACCCCAGCACAGGCCAGCGAUGCCUCAGAAAAUGGAUAAGUUUCUGCAGAUCGCGCCUCAUUCCCUAGCCAUAGUCCUGAGCCAAGCUGGGGGGCCGGCUACGGUGAAACCUGCAGCCCUAGUGGAGCAGGGGGCCUCGGCCCCAGCUUUGGGACAAUCGCAGCUGCAGCAGCUGCAGCAGCCGCCCCAGGGCAGGCAGCUAGCCCGUCACCACAUCGGCUACGAGAUCUUCGCAGACUUCAAAGCCGAGAACAUGCAGCAUUUCUGGAACAAGAAAGUGACGGCUGCCGUGGCCGAAACCUUCUUCCUGGGCUGGAUCGACGAACAGGUCCUGCUGAUCCAGGGCAAAGAGGAACACUUGGAGGCGCUCCGGGAAGGUUGGAUGCGCCGGGCACUAAAACCCCCCACAGGAUUCCUCAUCCGUUGCCUGGAUCAUUGAAGUCCAAAGGCAAGGUAAUGGCCUGAGAUGCAGUGGAAUGACUUCAGUCUUCAAUAUCUGGCCAAGCUCUAGGAGCUCCAUAGUGCCUGAUGCAGCUGCCUUUUUGGCUAGUGGAACAAAUUAUUCUCAUCCAUCUAUUCCACCGGGGGAAAUCUUCAAAACAUGCUUGGGAUAGACAUUCCCUUGACUCCUCAGAGCACAGUGGCACAGUGGAUGGAACACCAAUCCUGUAGUCAGGAGAACUAGAGUUCAAAGCUGACUCCAGACCCAAAUUAGUGAUCCUGAACAUGUCAAUUAACCCUGAUUGUAAAAAAAAAAAAAAAAAAAAAAAAAA